CCAGGUUGGACAGAGCUUGGAACAACCUGGGCUAGUGCAAGGUGCCCCUGCCAUGGCACGAGGUGGCACUGGCUGAACUUUCAAGUCCCACCCAACCAUUCCAUGAUUCCCUGAUGUCGGGAAGACAAACGAGUGUGAGGAACACCCGUGGCCUCUGUGCCUUAGCAACAGCUCUGCUGGGAGGCCGUUUGCUUCUCCUGGAAUGCAGGCGUGCCCUGGGCUCGGCCUCAGCUGCCAGGGAAGGGCUGCAAGGGGGGAGGAGGGGUCUGAGCCCAGCCAGGUCGUUUUCCCUGCUCCACGGAGCAUGGAGCGUUGCAGGUGAGUUCUCGGGGUGGAACUGCAAACACAGGAGUUGGUCCAGAGCUUUGUGGCUUUCCCGGCUCCCCUGGACACGCUGUUGCUUUUUGAGGUGGUUGUGCAAAGGCAGAAGAAUUCCAAAGUGCAUGGGAGUCCCGGUGUGAGUUCUUGGGAGGUUGUAAAGAGGUUGGAGCAGUGAUUCUCCGACCUGUGCUGGCUUAAUUGGAAUUUUAUCAUAGCAAAUCCAUUUUUAUACUAUCAAUACCCCAAAAAAGGGUUUUCUUGGUAGUUUUACUUCAGGUUUUAAUACUUUGCGUGACAAAAAUCACUCUGAAGUCUUCCUGUGUAGCUGUUGGAGGUGGUGAAGCUUCUCCCACCGUCUGUAGUAGCUCAUCCUGAAGUUUAUCAAAAUUUUGAUCUGCUGAAACAUUUAUUUCACUCUCAGAUUUCAGUGACUCCUCCCAGGAGCUUUCUGGAGGCGUCAUGCACCGAAUGCAUCACUUCUUUUUAUUCCUGCUCUCUCUUUUCAGCUCCAAGCAGCUUUAAAGAAUAACUAAGCUCAAAAUGCAGGUUUUAGGAGCAGAAAUAAGGUUUUUUGCUGGAUUUCUUGCUGAAAAUCAAUGCCCUUGUGUCCCUGCUGUGCCCACAGGCAGCCUGCCUCUGCAAAGUGGUACGACCGGAGGGACUACGUCUUUAUUGAGUUCUGUGUUGAAGACAGCAAAGACGUAAAUGUAAAUUUUGAAAAGUCCAAACUCACGUUCAGUUGUCUUGGAGGAAGCGAUAACUUUAAACAUUUAAAUGAAAUCGACCUUUUUAAUAAUAUCGAUCCAAAUGAAUCAAAGCAUAAAAGAACAGACAGAUCCAUCUUGUGUUGUUUACGAAAAGGAGAGUCUGGUCAGGCAUGGCCAAGGUUAACAAAAGAGAGGGCAAAGCUCAACUGGCUCAGCGUGGACUUCAACAACUGGAAAGACUGGGAAGAUGAUUCAGAUGAAGACAUGUCCAACUUCGAUCGCUUUUCUGAGAUGAUGAACAACAUGGGAGGAGAUGACGACGUAGACUUGCCAGAAGUAGAUGGGGCAGAUGAUGACUCACCAGACAGUGAUGAUGAAAAAAUGCCGGAUCUGGAGUAAGGCAAACUGUCGUCUUCAGGGUUUUGGGGAAAGAAGUUCAUCACAACAUUUCAUAAUUGAGAUAAGAAUUCCUGAGUUGAUAGCCCUAAAGGGAGAUCCUGCAUCCUUUAACCCAUUUUCAGUCCAUUUUAAAUGGCUUCACUGAUGGUAGGUGUGUCCCAUGGCACGGGGCGGUCUUAAAGCCACGAGAGGCAAUAACGUUAUGCAUGAACCGUUUUCCAGACUUCCAAAAAAAAAAAAACAAACAAAACCAAACCAACCCAAUUGAGGUGUAGGCAAUCCAUUCAGAACAGUUGCAAUAAAGUUUACAGAGCCUCCUUGCCUCGUAGCAGAUGUAAUUACAAUGGGAGAACCCUGAAUUAACACUGAGUGGUAAACGAGCAUUUUUCCCCCCCUCUCCACGGCCUGAAAUUGUCCGUUUGUACCGGGAACAAAAAACUUGUCAUUGGCUCCCCAAAUUCAGCAGGCGAGGCGCAUCCCUCUGUGGUGUCUUCAGGUCUGUUCCACUAAAAGUUUGUAUUGAAAAGGAAACGUUAAAAAUUCUCCUUGUUUUGGUGUUCGCCCCUGAGCCCCGACCGGUGCCGGUGGCCGGAGCCUGCCCCUGGUCCCGUGUGACCCCAGACCUUUCCACCUCCUCGCCCGGGGUGCGAGUGGCUGUACAUUGUUGCUUGUCAAUCUGUACAUUUAGACCAAAUCGUAUUUGCACUGUGGGUUUGGCAGCAAGUGACAGACCGUGGGGCGCGCGGGCGCCUGCGAACCGGGCUGAAAAACCUCAAUUUAUGUUCAGAGCAGCUGGGAUUUUUUUAAUGUCUGCAUUCUUUCUAAUAAACUGUUGAAGACUCCCUGGC